CCGUCUCGCGCUGCACCAUUCGUCUCAGUAUUUCAUCCUAAAAAUCGCUGUUUCUCUGGCAGUGUUUGAGCGGAACCUCUUGUUGCCGGUCGCCUAAGAUUAUUCAUACGGAUUAGACUGCGCAUAUUAUUAGUAUGAAACACCAGCCGUCUUCUGUUUCUUUUGGCGGAGCCUAGACUGGGGGUUGGGAGGGGAUAACCAGAUCUUUUGACCCCAGCUGCAUCAUUCCCUGGAUAACGGGCACAGAGCCACCCGACAGCCUCAGUUGUUGUUUUCUUUUUUGCUGGCAUCUGCUGCAUGUUGUUUACAUUUGCAUCCAAAGCAACAAGCCGACCGUAUUAGGAGAUGAUGCACCACUUUCAUACCUGAAGAAGAAAUUAAUUCCUUUGGAUCAGAAUAUUUGAUAUAUUUUAUUUAAUUCAUUGAGAGUAGAACAAGAAUCAAGGACUUGGUGACGUGAUGGAGAGUGUGGAGAAGGAGUGCGGAGCUUUGGGUGGAUUAUUCCAGGCUAUCGUCAAUGAUAUGAAGGUACCAGCGCUGUUUAAUUGAUGCAAAGUAUCCAAUAUGUAGCAAAACGGAUGGCUGUGUUUUACUGCCUUUGUUUUCAUUAGAGCUCCAGCUGCCUGCACCACUGAUGCUGUGAUUAAUGGUAUGGGGGUCUCAGUAUGGAGGGCUUUGUUGUGAAAUGAAAACUGGACCCCUUUUGUAGAUGUAAGGUCAUACAAUAUGUUAAAGCAUGUCUUUCAUUCCUUUUCCGUUUGUAAUAUUUGAGAUAAUUUAAAAGAAUGUGCUUAGUAUAAGAGGUAAAAUCAUUUUCAAAUAAUAUAAGCCAAGAUAUAGGCUUAGAAGCACCUUAUAUUUUAAAAAAUAUAUACAGAUAUAGCUUUAAUAGAUAUGUAAAAUUAUGUUUUGAAAGUCAUCUGUUUUUUCAUAAGUGCCGGUGUCUGAUUUAGUAUGUUUAGGGUAAUAUUGAGAUAUAGUUCUAGUUUUAAAUGGAGCAUAUAAUCAUAUUUUAACCUAAUGAAUUAUACCUGAUAUAGCACUUAACAUUUACCCAUUAACAUUUUGUGGGAUGGCAUCUUACGUUUUGAUGCCUCUGGCACAUGCCGUUGGAAGUUGUGCCACAUCCGGUUGUGAGAUGGUAUGUGCCACUGGAAGUUGUGGCACAUGUCAGUGAUUUUGUGGCACUGACACAUGCUGCUGCAUUUUGAUACCGUCGAUAAUCCGUUUUGGAACGCGUUCAUUUAAGAGACACUUGAGAAGUCAGCAGCACAUACACAAAACUUUACUGUGCUGUAAGAAGAAUUAAGGAAAUGAAAAGUGGCUUGUUUGAAGUUGCUACUGUCAGUGUUGUUUUAACUAAUCGGAUUAGCUAUUAGCCAUUGAAAGAAGUAUUGCUGGAUUAUAGUGAACCCAUGUGAUUGAUGCAUCCAGAAUGUAUUUAAAAUCAGUCUUAAAGGUGCACUCAGUAACCUUUUUCUUUAUGUCAUCUUGGACUUACACUGACACCUAGUGGCUUGGAUGCAGCAUCUUUUAAAAUCAAUAGUUUUCAGUUUCAGACGCUAUUGUAGAAAUUUAGUAUUCACAGACGGCCAUGAUUACUUUAAUAAAUGAGUGAAAGUGUCAAAUAACAGGAUGGUUACUGAGAUUAAGCAAAUAGUAUUCAGCUGGUCAUGUGAUUCUAACAUGGCAGCCCCCAUGUGUGGACCCUCUCCAUGUAGAAUAAAACAGCUUUUAUAAGGUUACUGAUAUGACUGAAGUCUUCAUUUUAAUGUGAGUGCUCAUGAUUUCCUACAUAUAUUGCAAAAAUACAUUUCAUGUCUUUAGGAGUUAAACUUUUUUAAUGAGGAAAAAUUUACUGAGUGCACCUUUAACACUGUUUCAAAGCUUGUCAUUCUCCCAGCAUUUUUUCCAGGUGGAGAAAACGGAUCAUUCAAAAAUAUCUCCCCUUGAAACUUAUCAUGUUUGAUAGUGUAUUGCUAAAAAAAAUAAUGGUUGUAAAUUUAAAGUUACCUCUUUUAUUGGAGUAUUUCGUGGCAAUACCUGAUUUAUUCUUAAAAUGACCUUAAAUCUGAAGACACUGGAUUUUUUCCUUGACAUGUCAGUCAGCAUGAGAGCCCUGAGCCUGGCUGGGGACCACUUCAUUUUGUGGACAUGAAGAAACUGGGAAAAGUUAUUAAAGUGCAUCACUAGUGACUGGCAUGCAUGAUGUUUCUAGAAAGUGGACCAAGAGCACUCUGGGAUUUUAAGAUUUGAUCUGUGAGGACAUGCUGUGAUCUAUGAGAUCCAGAAAGUAGCCUUCCUCACACCACCAGCUGUGCUGUCAACAUUCAAGACCUCUUCUAGAAGCAGGUUUUUCCAAUGCUGUUCAGAAUAUAAGGGAUGCUGUCAUGUGCACUUACUCCUAUCCAGUGUGGGAAGACUUCAUUGCAAAGGCCACAAAACUACACUCUCAGCUAAGAACUACAGUUUUGGCAGCUUCGGCUUUCCUUGAUGCCUUUCAGAAGGUGGCAGACAUGGCAACCAACACGAAAGGUGCCACCAGGGAUAUCGGCUCCGCUUUGACCCGGAUGUGCAUGCGACACCGCAGCAUCGAGGCCAAACUGCGCCACUUCACCAAUGCUCUUAUGGAAAAAAUGAUCGGCCCACUCCAAGACAAGAUAGAAGAGUGGAAGAAAACCACUGCCCUGCUAGAUAAAGACCACGCCAAAGAGUACAAGCGCUCUAGGCAGGAGAUCAAGAAGAAAUCAUCUGAUACUUUAAAGCUCCAGAAGAAAGCUAGAAAAGGUCGAGGAGGUCUGCAGCCUCAGCUAAAUAGUGCCAUGCAGGAUGUAAGUGACAUGUACCUGUUGAUGGAAGAGACUGAAAAGCAGGCGGUGCGCCGAGCCCUCCUGGAGGAAAGGGGGCGCUUCUGCAACUUCAUCAACUUCCUGCAGCCUGUUGUGAACGGUGAGAUUGCCAUGCUGGGAGAGGCCACACAUCUCCAGGCCAUUAUUGAUGACCUCACUGUAUUGACCACUGACCCACAUAAACUACCAGAGGCCAGUGAACAGGCCAUAUUGGAUCUUAAGGGUUCUGACUACAACUGGUCAUACCAGACUCCACCAUCUUCUCCCAGUAGUAUCGGCUCCAGAAAGAGCAACCUUUGCAGUCUGGUGCAUCUGCCACCAGGUGGCACCCAUCGCCUGAGCAGCGUCUCCUCUCAUGAUUCAGGAUUUGUCUCUCAGGAUGUGCACUCCAAACCUCCCUCCCCUAUGCCGUCUGACAUCACAAGCCAGAAGUCAUCCAGUUCUGCAUCCUCAGAGGCUUCAGAAACCUGUCAGUCAGUUAGUGAGUGUGGCUCUCCCACAGUAUUUGGUUCAUCCUUUGCUACCUUUCGCCCUGCUCACUGUUUUAAUGACUCCAUCAGGCCUCACUCUUACAUACUUCCUGCGUCCCCUUCUUAUAACCAAUCCCCAGGAUCAAACUCCCCUUCACCCAUAUCAAAGGUUCCUUACUGGAAGCAGGACUGGUCAAAGGCAGGUCACUAUGAGCAAACAGUUGCUGCCCAGCAACGCAGGACUGAGGCUGUAGAGCCCUCUGGUGGCAUGGGAGGGAAUGGAAUGAUUCACCCUGAGGAUCCUUACAGGGUCAGAAUGAGUUCUAAAGACAUCACUGCCAAGCAUGGUAAGCCGAUGUCAUCUGCUGCUAGUGAGCUGGCCAUGGUUCUGACUCGUGGGCUGAGUAUAGAACAGCAGCAGAAGAGCAGCUGUGACUCUCUGCAGUACUCCAGUGGAUACAGUACACAGAACACUACUCCAUCCUGUUCAGAGGACACUAUCCCCUCACAGGGAUCUGAAUAUGAUUGUUACUCUAUGAAUGGGGAUCCUGAUAAUGACUCUCAGACAGACUUUGACAAGUCCUGCACCGUCCCUCGCCAUAGCAACUUGGCUCAGAACUACAGACGUAUGAUCCAGUCCAAGAGACCUGCCAGCACUGCUGGGCUGCAUGGAGGAUUGAGUGCCCAGGGUGCCCCCACAACCAAUGGAAAAGGAGGAAGUGGUGUCAUAUCUUCAGGAACAGCCACCAUUCGCAGAACCCCUUCUUCUAAAACAAAUGUGAGACGCACCCCCUCCAGUGGUGGUCCGAUUCCAAUUCGACCACCUAUCAUCCCUGUAAAGACCCCCACUGUCCCAGACUCACCCAGAUUUCCCAGCCCUCCCCCGGAGCACAAUGGAAGUGAAGAAAGCCUGUACAAUGACGACUCGCUGGACAUUCUGGAGUACAAGGCCUCUCCCAAGCGAAUGAGCCUGUCUAACCCAGCUUGGGGUGCUGGAGGUGGGCAAGAGAGGAGCAUGUAUGGCCAGCGACCUGGAGCUAUGGGCUUCAGCUCUGAAGAAGACCGGAUACUUGCUGCCAACCGCCACAGUCUGGUGGAGAAGAUUGGAGAGCUGGUUGCUAAUGCUAAUGCUCUUGGUGAAGGCCAGUUCCCAAUCCCCACAGACCUCCAGCCCAGCCAGGACAACCAGCAGGAUCAAAGGCAUGACCAGGAUGGAGGAGACAUGCUGAAGACCAUCCGCAGGGGGGUGCGUCUCAGGAAAGCAGUCUGCAAUGACAGAUCAGCCCCCAGGAUCAUGCGACAGUUCAAUACUGCUCAUACUACAAGGUUUAUUCCUACAGACUCUGGAAAUAAAGAGUAGCGCUAUAUAAAGUCAAAACAUGACAACAUGGUGAUUGUUUUUUUUUAUUUUAUUUUUAUUUUUUUUAUUAUUCAGUGUUAAAAUCUGGCGUCUAACCCCUGAAAAGCCAAUAUCAAUGUUACAUGUUUAGUGUAUAUGGACACCCAUCUGGACUAUUAUUGUUGUAGGUAUAUUCAACAGAAUUGGAGUGAUAUCUUGACGGGCAUAUUAUGACCUGAAGGAUGAGAAUGUAAUGUUUUAAAAAGUGUAUUAACAUGCUAGUUACGCCAGUUGUUCCUUUUUGGAGUCGCAAUUUGUAAUGGCUAUGUUCUUCUUCAUGUUACUUCUAUGUAACUGCUAUGUUAAGAGGUUCUUGAGAAAUUUCUCUUACUGUUGUAAAGAGCCAAAGUCUUGUCCACAACUGAAUAGCUGUUGGGAAAAGCACAAAACGGCAUAUACCGCAGCUAAGACUCAGAUGGACCACAUAAUCAAAUCAUCGCACAUGCUGUAAACUGCCAAAUAAAGCACAUCAGUUGUACUAGA